AGAGGAGCUGAAGACGGAUCAUCAUGAAGAUGGAGCUUUUAUCCAGGAUGAAGGCUGCUGGGGUCGUUACGCUGAUGAUGAUGAUGAUCAGCCUUCAUCAGAUUUAUUCUUCUUCUGCUCAGGAGUGUCCACCCACCCACGAUCUGCUGAACUCGCUGCGGCAGGUGGAGAAGAUGCUGGCAGUCCAUGAGACAUCCUACCAGCAGGGCCUGCGCUCCCUAAAGAAGAAGAUUAGUGCUCUGCACAACAGCACCAUGGCCGUCUUUAAAAUCGCAUCCUGCCCCAAACCGGAUCCCCCCGCUCACGGCCGCAGACUGGGCAGGGUGUUUGGCAUCGGACACGAGGUCCACUUCCUGUGCAAGUCCGGCUACGAGCUGAUUGGUCCUCGGACCCGAGUGUGUCUGGAGUCUCUGAAGUGGAGCGGUCAGCAGCCCAUGUGCAGACGCCUCAACAGCACCGCCAACUCCCUCCCCUCCUUCUCUCCCGCUUCUCCCUCCUCCUCCACCUCCUCUUCAUCAUCAUUUCCUGCUUCUGCUGCUCUGUCAGCAUCCUCUUCAGCAACUUCACUUUCUCACCAAUCACCCACGUCAUCCUCUCCCUCCUCUUCAGUACGACCCUCUCACUGCACGCACUUCCUGGGCUCCACCCGCUGCACCUGUGACGUGGGCUUCACCAUAUCAGGCCGUGACAACAACAUCUGCACAGAUAUCGACGAGUGCCAUCUGUUUCCUCUCGGUCAGCCCGGCCGGCUCUGCGUCCAUCAGUGCGUGAACACACCCGGCAGCUUCCACUGCAUCUGUCCGUCCGGCUACGACCUGACGAGAGACGGCCGUGGCUGCACAGACAUUGAUGAGUGUGAAAACCGGAUGCACAACUGCACAGCAGACCAGCUGUGUGUAAACACCUACGGAGGUUUCCAGUGUGUCACGGUGGAGUGUCCUCGCAUGAAAAACGCAACGUACAUCAAAACAUCGUCCAUGCGGUGUGAGAGGAACCCGUGCAUGCUGGGAGACAAGGCAUGCACUCAGGCACCAAACUCCAUCUCCUUCCACUUCCUCUCUGUAGUGUCCAACAUGUCCGCCCCGCGCAUCCUCUUUCGGGUGUCUGCCGCUCGCGUGCUGGGAGACACGCUGCGAUUCGGCCUCGCAGGUGAUCGCGGCCGGGGCCACUUUAGUGUGCAGCGCUCGGGCAGACAGACGGGCACCCUCCUCCUGGUGACGCCCAUCAAGGGGCCGGCCACGCUAGAGGCCGAGGUGGAGAUGAGCGAGCUGGAGCACAACACCCUGCUGGGCCGCUACCUCACCAAGGUCACCCUGUUCGUGUCUCCGUACGAGUUUUAGAAAGGAGUGAUGACGGUUACCCGGAGUUUGUAGAAGGAGAUAAGCUGAACUCUGACUGUACUGAUGAAGAUGUUUCAGGGCAGGAUGAAGAGUGGAUGUGGAACCACUGAGUGUUUUUGACCUCUUUGUAGGUGACUCACUGUAAUUUUCAACUUCUUUUUAAAAAUAUGAAUUUUGUAUAUAGAGCGUAACGUGGUCAGAUUCACGUAGACCUAAUAUUUAGUGUUUAGGAUUUUGAAGUGGGCCUGCUCUGCCUCAUUUUCUUUACAUAUAUAUAUGUGUAAUAUGUUGUUUUUGAACAUAACCAGAUAAGUUUCAGAUAAUGAGGUCAGCACAUAUAGAAGUAAACCUCGUGAGACAAAGGCUCAGGCUUCACAAAGUUGUUUUUUUUCUACUGUUGAAAUUAUGUCACCGAGAGAGGAUAUUCCUAAUAUGGUCAUCUUAAGCCCCUCAAACACUUUUGUUUUUGUGAAGGACAGCCAAUCAGAGGGAGUUGCCUUAAUAAGAAAUUAUUUUUUUUAUAAAGACCCUUUACUCUGUUGGGUCCCACCCAGCAUCGCAUCCUUCAAUUUGACGUAUAUUUUAAAUUAUUUUAUACUGAAAGACAAUCUUUAAAAAAAAACAAAAAAAAAAACAUUCUAACUAAUCUAAUGUUUGUUACAUGUUCGUUUUUAAGAGUCUGUCCUCUUCUAGCUACCAAAGUGAUUUCUGUAGAAAGCUAACACUAACUUGGACUCAGAUUGCUAGGAUGCUACGCUACACUGGCGCUACUUAGUGCACCAUGCUAAGUAUGCAUGUUAGAGUACAACCUGUACAUUCUCUUUGGGUUUAGUUCAUAUUAAAAGGUUUAAUACUGCCUUUUAAACUCAUGUUUACACCAAACCUACCUUCAGUCAUACAGAGCUACUCUAGUGGAUGCCGUCAUUAACACAUGGAGCCGGAAAUGAGGAGAAUCAGUGACCUUUGAAGCAAAACAAAAGUCAGUGAACUGGAGCACAAAUUCAGCCAAACCAGUUAAUUAAAGGUUGCGCAAAUUACAUGUUUGAGAAAGUGCUUCCAUCACCUCUGAAAAACUGCAGGUCAAAGUUCAUGUCACUUUAAAUUUGGCUAACACAUCUAUAGAGAAUGCACGGAUGUGUCACCCAAAUUUGUUUUUCAUGUUUAAAACUGUGGUUAUUGUUUUCCAGUUCAUUCACAAACAACGCAUCCAUUCAACCAUCCAUCAUUUUAUUUACUGGGUGGUUGAGCUAAAUGAACACUGCAAAGGUUUCUGUAACAUGUCCAAACAUCUGAAGCUGAUAUCAUCACUUAUUCAGAGGUUUCUCAAACUCUGUAAGAAAAAUGAGGCAUUUUGUGUUUUAAUAUUUUCUUGUCCUGAGGAUGUUGUGGAUUUCUCUCUUCAGUGUGUUCUCCCCAUGAAAACAGUGACUCUGUUUCCUAACUUUAACCACAUGAUAGCAACCUUGACUUCAGCGAUGACAAACUAUAAACCUCAACCUUUACUCGUGUGCAGAAAUCAAACAACUUCUGGGAACCAGCUGUGUGCAGGAGAUAAGAAACUUUUAUCCACCAUUUGAACAAGUUAAAUAAAUUGCAGGAACAAGUUCAUUAUCUUGUUCUCAGGAGGUAUUGAUGUGAUUUUGUUUUUAAUUAUUGCACAGGGUAAUUGUAUUGUUGGUAUUGUUGGUAUUCUCUUGUGACAAAUGAGAACAUCUGGAACGAGAUAUUGUCUUUUGGGAACAAGUUAAUUAAGUGUUCCCUUCAUAAAACAUUUUGGGGCUCUGUAGGACCAUAAGAAUUUAUCCAACAUAAUGAAGAAAAUGUCAUUUUACCCCAAACAUUAACACAGCUUAGCACAUCCAACCAUCUGUAAAUUGUCUAAGCAAUUGUUUUAUUUGAUUUUUCAAUUAUUCAAAUACUUAGAAGAGUAUUUAACCCUGUAACGUCAAGUGUAUCGUAUUUGAUACAUGAGUUUUUGAGACAUCAUCAGUGUGACGAUUUUUGUCCCUAAAUAAAUUGCCCCAAAAUGCUGGAUAUAGAAAAAAAUGUUAUAAAGCACAUAUAUGCAAUUUUCUUGCAAUUAUUUCAUGAUUCAGGCUUUGCAGGGUUAUACGGGAAUCAUAUGAUUUACCUGAUGAUAAUGUCAUGAGAGAUACUUGUACACUGUGGCUGUGCAUGACUCAGCAUUUUCCCUCUCUGUAUUAAAAUUUCAAAGUCUUUGCUCAUACAUGUUUGCAAACUUUGUAUUAUUAUUUUCCCCAAACUACAGAAUAAACAUAUUUACCUCAA